UCGGCUACAGCAAGGCUGUACCAGAGACACUUCUAUGAUACAAGUCUUUUGUUUACUUUCCCCAUCAAUCAUCCCAGUAAAAAGGUGAACUGCCUUUAUCACUUUUUGAGAUCAUUGAAUAGUUAAGUCUCUUCAGUAUCGAUGAAAAUAGAAAUGGAAGACAUCGAUGACUAUACAAUAUGUGAUUCUGUGUCUUCUCUUGUGGAAGGAUGCAGAUUACCCGUUCACAUGUCGGGGACAGACGACUGGCCUUUGGCAGAACUUGUCAGUAUUAAAGACGUUGGAAUAGGCGGACACAGGGUUUACUAUGUACAUUAUGUUGAUUUUAAUAAGCGAUUAGAUGAAUGGGUCGGAGAAGAGUCUUUAGAUACUCGCAAAGUACAUUUUCCUCGACGUGAUGGAGGCAGUAACACUGCUGCUGCUAGUGGCGUGUCAACGCCAAAGAAAAUUCACAUAGGUGCAGGUGGACCAAUAUCAAGGCCAUCGAGCCCUGUCCAACAACCCACAGAGCUUAUCAACGGCAGUGCGGUACUUGCGGCUGCUUUGCAGAAACGCAUGAACCGGAAGAGAAAAGGUCCAUCCUUAGAAAGCGAAGAUUCUCAGGAUGCCCCAUUGUCCCAACAACCUUCGCCUGGUCCACGUCAGUCAGGCAGUAUGGUUGCACAUCAUGAUGAUGUCGUCACACGAAUGAAGAAUGUUGAAAUGAUCGAACUAGGCAGACAUAGAAUAAAGCCGUGGUAUUUCGCGCCUUAUCCUCAAGAAAUGAUCGGUUUACAGUGUAUUUAUAUCUGCGAAUUUUGCUUGAAGUAUAGAAAAAGUCGGAAGUGUUUGGAGAGGCACUUGGCUAAAUGUAAUUUAAGGCAUCCACCGGGUAAUGAGAUUUAUCGUAAAGGAAACAUUACAUUCUUUGAAAUAGAUGGACGAAAGAAUAAGAGCUACGCACAGAAUUUAUGUUUAUUAGCAAAAUUAUUUUUAGAUCAUAAAACUUUAUAUUAUGAUACCGAUCCGUUUUUAUUUUACGUAAUGACCGUAUUCGAUAAUCGAGGAUUUCACAUUGUGGGCUAUUUUUCAAAGGAAAAAGAAUCUACGGAAGAUUACAAUGUAGCUUGUAUAUUGACAAUGCCCCCGUAUCAACGGAAAGGUUACGGCAAGUUACUUAUCGAAUUUAGCUAUGAACUUUCAAAAUUUGAAGGUAAGACCGGAUCACCAGAAAAACCGCUUUCGGAUUUAGGUCUGUUGUCAUACAGAAGCUAUUGGUCUCAUACUAUAUUGGAGAUUCUAACUUCCUUAACUCCUGUAGGUGAAAAUGAAAAACCACAAAUAACUAUUAAUGAAAUGUGCGAAUUGACCAGUAUUAAAAAAGAAGAUGUUAUAUCGACAUUGCAGAACUUAAAUUUAAUAAACUACUACAAAGGCCAGUACAUAAUUACAUUGAAUAAGGAAAUAUUAGGAAACCACAUGGCAGCUAUGGAAAAACGGUUAAUACGAAUAGAUUCAAAGUGUCUACAUUGGACUCCAAAAGACUGGGGCAAAAGAGCUAAAUGGUGAUAUAGUUUUAAAUGUAUACAGUAAUUAAAUAAACCACGUUAUGAAAACUGU